AUGGUGGCAGCAGUGGUGGCAGCAGGGGUGUCUGUGCUGGAGUUCAAGCUUCUAGUCACAUCUGUCACAACCCGAGUUACCCUAAUGCCUGUCCAGGAAAAGGUGGGUGGGAGGAGCCGCUGCUGCCGCGGGGGAGGCGGCGGAGGAGGGGACCUGCUCUGCCUGCUCGUACUGGGGCUCCUGCUGCCCGCCUGCAGGACUCGCGUGUAUACCAACCACUGGGCUGUGAGGAUAACUGGGGGGCUCCAGGAGGCCAGCAGGAUAGCUAGCAAAUACGGAUACGUCAAUAUAGGACAGAUCGGAACACUGAAGGAUUACUACCACUUCUACCAUAGUAAAACAAUUAAAAGGUCAGUUCUUUCAAGUAGAGGUACCCACAGCUUCAUUUCAAUGGAACCAAAGGUGGAAUGGAUACAACAGCAGGUGGGUCAAAGAAGGAUAAAGAGGGAUUAUAAAGCUGGUGGUACUCAAACCAUUCUUUUCAAUGAUCCCAAGUGGCAAAGCAUGUGGUACAUGCACUGCAAUGAUAACACCCAUAACUGUCAAUCAGACAUGAAUAUAGUAGGUGCUUGGAAGAGAGGCUACACUGGGAAGAAUGUUGUAGUCACCAUCCUGGAUGACGGCAUUGAAAGAAAUCACCCGGACUUGAUACAGAAUUAUGAUCCCCAUGCCAGCUUUGAUGUCAAUGGCAACGAUUUUGACCCGAUGCCUCGGUAUGAUGCCAGCAAUGAAAACAAGCAUGGAACCCGUUGUGCUGGAGAAGUGGCAGCCACUGCAAACAACUCACACUGCAUAGUAGGAAUUGCCUAUACUGCCAAGAUUGGAGGGGUACGGAUGCUGGACGGUGAUGUUACAGACAUGGUAGAAGCAAAGUCUCUUAGCCUUAAUCCACAAUAUAUCCACAUCUACAGUGCCAGCUGGGGUCCAGAUGAUGAUGGCAAGACUGUGGAUGGACCUGCUUCUUUAGCACGUCAGGCCUUCGAGAAUGGCAUCAGAGCGGGACGAAGAGGCUUAGGUUCCAUUUAUGUCUGGGCAUCUGGAAAUGGUGGAAGGAGUAGAGAUCACUGCUCCUGUGAUGGCUACACUAAUAGCAUCUACACUAUCUCCAUAAGCAGCACAGCUGAAAGUGGGAAGAAACCUUGGUAUCUGGAAGAAUGUGCAUCAACGCUAGCUACGACUUACAGCAGUGGGGAAUCGUACGACAGGAAAAUAAUCACCACAGACCUGAGGCAUCGUUGCACAGACAGCCAUACUGGAACCUCAGCCUCUGCACCUAUGGCUGCAGGGAUCAUUGCAGAGGCACUGGAAGCAAAUCCAUUUCUGACCUGGCGAGAUGUACAGCAUAUCAUUGUAAGGACUUCACGUGCAGGACAUCUAAAUGCUAAUGACUGGAAAACCAAUGCUGCUGGUUAUAAGGUGAGUCACCUGUAUGGAUUUGGACUGAUGGAUGCAGAAGCUAUGGUGAUAGAAGCAGAAAAGUGGACAAGAGUCCCCCAGCAGCACGUCUGUGUGGAGAACAUAGAUCGACAAAUCAAAACAAUACGGCCUGAACAUCAUGUCCGCUCAAUCUACAAAGCCACCGGCUGUGCAGAUAACCCCAAUCAUCAUGUGAUAUAUCUAGAGCAUGUGGUUGUGCGCAUCACUAUUACCCAUCCUCGCCGUGGAGACUUGGCAAUCUAUUUAACAUCUCCAUCUGGAACAAGGUCGCAGCUAUUGGCUAACAGGUUAUUUGAUCAUUCCAUGGAAGGGUUUAAAAACUGGGAGUUUAUGACUACUCACUGCUGGAGCGAGAAAGCAGCAGGUGACUGGAUUUUGGAGAUUUUCGAUACACCAUCUCAGCUGAGAAAUUUCAAGACUCCAGGCAAAUUGAAAGAGUGGUCCUUAGUACUUUAUGGGACAUCCAUCCAACCUUAUUCUCCAAGAAAUGAUUUUCCAAAAGUAGAACGGGUGCGCUCCAGUCCAAUUGAAGACCCUACAGAAGAUUAUGGGACCGAUGAUUAUUCAGGACCAUGCAAUGCAGAAUGUAGUAAAGUAGGGUGUGAUGGGCCAGGACCGGACCACUGUACUGACUGUCUGCACUACUACUACAAAUCUAAAAACAAUACACGGAUCUGUGUUCCAAACUGCCCACCCGGUCACUACACUGCAGACAAAAAACGCUGCAAAAAGUGCUCACCCAAUUGCGAAACCUGUAUUGGAAGCCAUAGUGAUCAGUGCGUGACCUGUAAAUCUGGCUACUACUUGAAUGAAGAAACCAAUACCUGCAUUACCAACUGCCCAGAUGGGUUUUACCUGGAUAAGAAUAGGAUUGUUUGCCGAAAAUGCAGUGAGAACUGCAAGACAUGUGUUGAAUUCCAAACCUGCACAGAAUGCAGACAUGGCCUAAGUUUACAUGGAUCCAGAUGUGCAAUCCGCUGUGAAGAUGGAAAGUUUCACAGUGGCAGGGAAUGUGAACCUUGUCACCGUUCCUGCGCCACAUGUGCAGGUGCUGGAAUAGAUGCUUGUAUAAACUGCACUGAUGGUUAUUUUCUGGAGGAUGGGAGAUGUGUGCAAAGCUGUAGUACUGGUUAUUACCUUGAUCAUUCUCUGGAAGAUAUAUUCAAAAACUGCAAAAAAUGUGAUGCCAGCUGUUUGGAUUGCAAUGGGCAAGGAGACAAAAACUGUACAAGUUGUCCAAGUGGCUAUAUCUUAGAUGCAGGUGUCUGUGUAGCUGGAACAGUCUGUAAGGACGGGGAAUAUGCUGAUCAUCUGGGUCAAUGUCUAUUCUGUGAUGCAUCCUGUUCUAAGUGCACAGGACCAAAGCAGAAUGACUGUAUUGGCUGCCCUAUCACAAGAUUUUUUGAUGAUGGCCUCUGCAUUCUGAAAUGCCCCAAAGGGAAAUUCGAAUUUAAAAACCAGUGCCAUUUGUGCCAUCAUACCUGCCUGGAUUGUAGCGGAAGUGAACCCAACAAAUGCACUGUGUGUGGUACAGAUAAAAGAGGGAUAAAACGUUUCCUGUACAUUGGAGAGUGCAGAGAGAGCUGUCCCCCAGGACACUACCAUUCAGAAGACAACACCUGCAUACCUUGCUCUGAGCAGUGUGAAGCGUGCCUUGACUCCACUCACUGCAAGAGAUGUUUCAAAGGAUACUACCUAGAUAAAAACGAGUGUCAGAAACAUGAAUGUAGAGAAGGUGAAGUGGAAGACCCUGACUCUGAAGAAUGUGUACCUUGUGCAGAUGGAUGCCGGACAUGCAGUGUGGAUGACCCAAAAAACUGUACAUCGUGCAUUCACAAUUAUUACAUGUAUAAGCAGUACUGCUACAGAAACUGCCCGGGGAAUACUUAUGCUGAUGAAAAUGCUCAAGAGUGCAUGGAAUGUCCAAACAACUGUGGCAGCUGUAAUGAGCAUGAGUGCUUCUGGUGCAACAAAGACUUUUAUCUUUCAGAUGGGAUAUGUGUGAAUGAAUGCAAAGCUGGUUUCUAUGGUGAUUAUGUUACUGGAGUAUGUGAAGCAUGUCACAAGACCUGUGCCACAUGUGAAUGGUUCAACUAUGAUGACUGCACCAGCUGCAAAAAGAAUUUCUGGAUAUAUCAUGGGAGGUGCGUGAAUCCAGAUAACGAACCAACAGAGAGAAAACCCUGGAAUGACAUACUGGGACAGAACCGGCCCUGUGAUUCUUCAUGUAAGACCUGCAGUACAGCUGCCAAUAUGUGCACUUCCUGUCCCAAAGGGACAUUUCUUUCCUUUGAAACGUGUGUCAAGCAAUGCCCACAAGGAACUUUUGCCAACCUAAGAAAUGGGAAAUGUGAGAAUUGCACAGACAACUGUGAAAACUGCUCUGAACCUAGGUACUGCCUAAAGUGCCACUCUGUCCCAGAUCAGCUGUUCUACCUGCAUGAAGGCAGAUGCCUUCAGGAAUGCCCAGAGGGGCAUUUUGCUGAAGCUGAUACUUGCAACAAGUGCAGCAAACCCUGCAAGGCAUGCAUGGGGAAUGCUACAAAAUGUUUGUCUUGUGAGAAUCCCUUGCUCUUGGAGCACUGGGAAUGUAAACCUUCCUGUUCUGAGAAGCACUUUGCCACUGAUGGGACCUGUAAACACUGCCCUGAGAUGUGUCAGGAAUGCAUUCAUGAACAUACCUGCAAAGCGUGCAUAGACCAGUUUUUCCUGCACAAUGGGAGGUGUCUGCAGGACUGCCCCUCUGGCUUUUAUGCUGAAUCUAACAGGUGCUUUUCCUGCAAUGAGGACUGCAAAGAAUGUGACGGGCCUGAUUCUGAUGACUGUACUGAGUGUGCAAUCAGUUCCUUUGUUCAGUAUAGUGGUGGAUGUUUUAAAGAAUGUCCGGAUGGGACUUACUAUGAAGAAGAAACCGAAGAUUGUCAAGAGUGCAACAGGACCUGCCAGACCUGCUCCUCUUCUACUGAUUGCUUGACCUGUAGGGAGGGCUUGGUGAUGAACAGGCAGGGUUACUGCAUGGCAUCUACGUUCUGCUCUCUUACUGAGUACCAGGAUCAAAAGACUCACACCUGCAAACCUUGCCAUGAGAAAUGCUUUCGCUGUAUAGGCCCUGCUGAAGACCUGUGUCUCAGCUGCUCAAAAAAUCAACAUCUUCUCAAUACAACCUGUGUUGAAGCUUGUCCUGAUGGAUAUUAUGCUGACAGUGAUGAAGGACGAUGUUUCACAUGCCACAGUACCUGUCAGACUUGCUAUGGAAAACACAGUACACAAUGUCUUUCCUGCAGACCAGGCUGGUACAAACAAGGAAAUGGAUGUGUAGAGUCCUGCCCAGUUGGAUAUUAUGGAAGUAACUCUACUGGCUUGUGCCAGAAAUGCCACAUAAGCUGUAAGGAGUGUUUGGGACCUCAGCCCACAGACUGUCUGUCCUGUGAUGACUAUUUCUUCCUGCUUCAUUCCAAGAAUGAAUGUCUCCACUCUUGCCCUGAAUAUUAUUAUGGGGACCAUGAUAAGAACACCUGUGAAAGAUGCCACCCUACCUGCAGUUCAUGUGAUGGGGAGGGAGCACUCAGGUGCACAGCUUGUGUGUGGAGUUACCAUCUAGCAGGUGGAAUCUGCUACUCUGAAUGUUUUGCAGGAGAAUACAAAGUCCAAGAGGGAGACCCACUGAAAUGUGACAACUGUCAUGACAGCUGCAUCGAGUGUAAGGGACCUGGCCCAUACAAUUGCACUGUUUGCCCAGCUAACACGAGACUCUACCUAGAUGAGAGCCAGUGUGUGGAGUGCUGUGGUAGUUCUGACCUGGCAAAAGACCAGGACUGCUGUGACUGCAGUGAAAUACAAGACGAGUGUGUAUUACAGACCAGUUUGAAUCUACCAACUGAAAAUAAAAAGAAAACUGCUUUGUUUGUUAUUACAUCCAUUUUGCUGAUCCUCAUCUUUGGAGCCAUUGCAUUCAUUUGGAGAAGGUCACGAGCUAAACCACAGCCAGCCAACAAAGGUGGGUACGAGAAGUUGACAAAUCAUACAAAAACUUUGCCUUCUUACAAAAGCAACCACUAUCAGAACACUAGCUAUCAGGAGGAUCGAGUGAUUGAGUUUCGAGACCGGGAUGAUCAAGAUGAAGAGGACGAUGAUGAUGAUAUUGUAUAUAUGGGCCAAGAUGGCACAGUCUAUCGUAAAUUUAAAUAUGGACUUUUGGAGGAUGAUGAAGAAGAUGAACUGGAAUAUGAUGAUGAAAGUUAUUCCUUUAGAUAACUUUUUAUUAAUGUAUGUAUUGUUUUCCUCUUUGUUGCCUUGCCUAUGAAAUGAAAUCAAUUUAGUUAAGUUAUAGGGGUCAUAAAUAUUUUGUUAUUUCUUAGUACAGUGAAGCUGGAGCAGAAAUUUAUGUUCAUCAUAAUGCUACAAAAAUGGGAUACAUUUUAGCUCUACAUCCUGUAAAAGCAGAAUUGUUUCUAGUUACUUUCUUUUCUCUCAUACUUUGCAAAAAUCUUUGAUGGAUCUUUCAAUUAGCAGUAUUCAAGAAACUGCUCUGGCUAUAAGAUUAUUUUUCUGUACACUCCUGUGUGGAAAUGAAUCCUUUUCCAAUAUGUUUGUGGAUACACAUAUGUAGAUAAUACAGACACACACACCUUUUGAGUGUCUUGCCAAUACCCGUGAAAAUGUAUUCAUGUAAAGAAGACUGACAUAUUUAUCUCCGUAAUAUAUGUCACUAGGAUAGGAUGCCACUUUAUUGUUUACUGCUUUGUGAUUAUAGUUUGUACUGUAUUUCAAAAUAUGAUAUGUAGUUUCAUUCAUUUUACUGUGUUUUUCUUACUUGGUAUUAUCCAAAGUACUAAUAUUUCCCUAAGUCUGACACAUUUCGUCUGAUAACCUUGAAGUGUAUUUCCACAGGAAGAGUUUAUCUAUCACAUUCAGUUUUAGAUAAAAUUUGAGGUCAUUGAGAACACAUUCCAAGUUGAAUAUAUUAUAUCAUUAGCUUAUAUAAAACAUAAUAUAUAUGAUAUAAUGUAUCUAAUAUUAAAUACGAAUUAAUUUUGAUUUAGCGAUAUAUUUUAAGAAACAUUUAAUUAUUCAGUUAUUUUUGGACUUAGUGAACAAGAAUGCUUAGCCCAUAAAUAAGUACAUUUGGAGUCUCUGUCUCUAAAAACCUUGAGAAACUACAGAGUAUUGACACAAACCAGACAUAAAUGCAAAGGAUUUACUCAUCUUACCUUUCAUAUCUAUCACAAAUGACUUUGGAUGCUCACAAUAUAGGAAAAGGCAUAAUCAACGCAGCACUGAGAACUGUCAGUUAAAGCAAAAGAGUGCAAUAGUGUGAUUUUGUUAUUAGUACAAAAACAUAACAUUGUUCUACAAGAGAAGAUGCUAAAUCUGGAUCCUUUAUUGUGGAAGAAUAAACUGAAACUUUGUACAAAAACAUGCCAAGAAUGUUGUAUUUACUAGGAAUG